GACAACACAUGGGGCCGUUAAGCCUGCUUAUUCGGAAGGAUCCAGAGUACUGUGGGCACCUACAGGUUCACAGAGGUAAAAGAGUGCUGUCUGCUCCACGGGACCACCAGGUUGGAGUCCCGAGAGAUUUUGGAACUAAAGCGUGAGAUUCACAAGCAGUGAAGAUGCCGAGGUCGUUCCUGGUGAAGAGCAAGCGCGCUCACAGCUACCAUCAGCCAAGGUCCCUUGAAGAUGACUACAGCAGACUUGAUACUAUAUUAGCUCAUAUAUGCGCAGAAAGCAAGACUCCUGAAGUGUCCGGAUACCGCUCCGGCGCCUUGGCCGCCGAUGCGCGGGGCAGGGUUUCGCCGGAGUCUCAUAUGGUGGACACCGCGGACCUGUCCUCUAAGUCACCGGGCAGUUGCGAAGGCAGCGUGUGCGGCCGGUCAUCGGACUAUGACGAUUUCUGGAGGCCCCCGUCGCCUUCUGCCUCACCAGCAGAUUCGGACAAGUCAUUCACACCUUCAGUCGAUGAGACCCAGCCGUUCGCCAUACCCUUCCGACCCUAUGCUUGGAGCAAUUAUUCCGGAUCCGAGCUCAGGAACCUCGUACAGCAAUCUUAUCACCACCACCCGAUAACUUUGGACCGCAGCCCCACGCUGGGACUUUAUGGGGAAAGAGGGGCCGAAGCCUCCGCGCUAACUGAACGGGAUCAAGGACUUUACAACGAUUACUGCACAGCAACAGGGCUCUAUGAAAGGGGCACCAAUCCCAGACUAUAUUCGGACCUCAGCAUGCACAACAAGGCUCCGGAAAUCAAAGCAGAGUCGGACGUACUCUGCAACACCCUCCUGCUGAACGGAUCGUACAAGUGCAUCAAAUGUAGCAAGGUGUUCUCCACACCGCAUGGCCUGGAGGUUCACGUCCGUAGGUCGCACAGUGGUACCAGACCCUUCGCGUGUGACAUGUGUGGGAAAACCUUUGGGCACGCGGUCAGCCUGGAGCAACAUAAAGCCGUUCACUCUCAGGAGAGAAGUUUUGACUGCAAGAUCUGCGGAAAAACGUUCAAAAGGUCGUCCACUCUGUCUACUCACCUGCUGAUUCACUCCGAUACCAGACCGUACCCCUGUCAGUACUGCGGUAAACGAUUUCACCAGAAGUCAGACAUGAAGAAACACACCUUCAUUCAUACAGGUGAGAAGCCACACAAGUGCCAGGUGUGCGGAAAAGCCUUCAGUCAGAGCUCAAAUCUUAUAACUCACAGUCGGAAACACACCGGCUUCAAACCGUUUGGCUGCGACCUCUGCGGUAAAGGAUUCCAGAGAAAAGUAGACUUGAGAAGACACAAAGAAACGCAACACGGAAUAAAAUAAGCAAACAAUAGCAAUCGCUAAAGGGAAACUGUGGAGAUGAAAGUGUACCUGUAGCCUAUUGUCACACCAAACACUAGCCUAUUUCAUACGCGGUGCAGGGCAAUACACUGACUGAAGAGCAUAUUUGGUAAAACACUCUCCCUCGGAUUGUAAAAAAAAUCCACGCAAUAACUCGCCAGUGAUUUAACCAAAGCGUAAUGUGUUGCGUUUUGUGAACAUCAAGCAUAGAGAGUGUUUCUUUCAGCUGGGUGAUAUGAGGGUUUUACCAAAUAACGAAACGAUUGAAUCCCAGCAGAGCGUGUCUGAACCCAUAAUAUUGUUACAUAAAUAAUUAGAGAGGCAAUAUAACCACUGAGAACAGGGACGCUGUAUAUCCUAAAACAGCAGCCGCGGGAGGAAAUCGCGUAAAGAAAAUCACCGCAUUUUAAAAGAAUGCCAUUUGUUUUCAACAGGGCUGUUCAAAUGCUAGCAAAACAGUCACUACAGAAGAGUGGAAAGAUUAUGUUUAGGUAAAAACAUUGAAAGAUGGUAAACCGCAUUCGCCGAAUUUUCUUUUUCAGUGUUUAAUAUCAAAUGUGUUGUGUGUGUCUAAUUGCACCGUUCUUUUCUUAAUUUUCCUUAAAGAAAAUCACAAUUUAUAUAUAUUUAAGACUACGUUUGCACUUUUGUAUUUUAAUGAAGCUCAUAUAUUACAUGUGGUCAUACGGUUUCUAAUAAAAUAAGAUAAUGAAUUGUGUUGCUAGAUUGAGUGGAAUGAGGCCAUUAGAUUAUAAAAAAUAUGGUCAUAAUGUAUAUAGGCCUACACGUGAUUUUUAUUCUGA